AUGUCUAAGGAUUUAAAAAAACCUGAAUUAAUUCUCUCAUCAACCGAUAAAACAGUAUUACUGAAAUUUAUACAACUAUUAGAAUUAUUUGAAGAAGCAACAAUGGAUGCACAAGGUGAAAAUCAUGCUACUAUUAGUUGUGUAGCGCCUUUUAACUGUACACUCUCACAUGUCUGUGUUAUGUCCGAUCACACAAUGACAUCUUCAAAAAUCGAAUAUUCUACAAGUCGUCGUACUAACAAAAUGCGUCAUGCACAGUCUACAACAGCAUCCACUCGAUUAAUAAACAAAGAGUCCAUCAAAAAUGAUAUUUUUGAAAUUAUUUCAAAUGAUAAUCAUGUGAAACAGCAAAUUCAAGCAUUGCGUGGUAAUUAUGGACCAGAGAACGUUGUUAAUAUACUGCAAGAUGCGGUUUCUGACAAGAAUGCUCGUGAGCGAAAUUCACGACAGAAAAAUCUUCGUUUUCUUGGUAUGAAAGAUCAAGGUGAUAUUGCUGUAUCGAUUGUGCAGGGGGCUGAGAAGAUUGGCUUGGAUAUUAAAAAAGAAGAUAUUGAGUAA